GCAAGUGGCGAGAUAUUAAAAAUGGCAGCCCUCGAGGAUGUUGUUGCCUUGUAUCAGAAUUUAAAACGCGAAUGGACAAAAACGCCGUGUAAUUUGAAGAAAUGUGGUGAAUUACUCAAUCAAUUGAAGAUCGGACUUACUCAUCUGAUGUUUCUCCCGACGUCAAAUAGCACGGCCAGUCAAAAUGAAUUAUUAAUCGCUAGAGACAUAUUGGAAAUUGGAGCACAAUGGAGCAUUGCCACUGAGGAUAUACCUUCCUUCGAAAGAUAUAUGGCUCAACUAAAGUGUUACUAUUUCGAUUAUAAAUCUGGAUUGAUGGAGUCGGCAUACAAAUAUCAACUUCUUGGUCUCAAUCUUUUGUUUUUGUUAUCUCAAAAUCGAGUUGCUGAAUUUCACACGGAGCUGGAACUUCUACCAUCUGAUCAGAUACAGUCAAACGUAUACAUAAGGCAUCCCUUGAGUUUGGAGCAAUAUUUGAUGGAGGGUUCAUAUAAUAAGAUUUUCCUGGCUAAGGGUAACGUGCCAGCCGCAUCGUAUAAUUUCUUCAUAGACAUUUUAUUAAAUACUGUUCGCGAUGAGAUUGGUGCAUGCAUGGAAAGCGCAUACGAUAAGAUUUCCAUUCAAGACGCCGCAAGAAUGCUCAAUUUAAGCACAGAGAAGGACAUAAAGGCCUUUGCCGUCAAGAAGAACUGGAAUCUUUCCAAAGAUGGCUAUUUUUAUUUCACCACGACUAGCGAGAAAAAAUCUGAGGAGCCUAUCCCGAGUUCUGAAUUGGCAGCUCUCGCGAUAGACUAUGCCCGGGAGCUGGAAAUGAUCGUGUAAUAUCUUAUUCAACUCUCUCUGUAUUUUAUUUAUCUAAAUAAAUGAACACAGUUUUGCUCUUGUGCAAU